AUGGAAACAUUUAAGGAGAGAAUUGGAGGAAUCGGCCUAAGUCGAAGUGACUCACGAACACUUUUUCGAGAAACAGCUUUUCGUGUGAAGUAUCUGGGAUUUUGUUUUAAUUCGUGUCCAGGAAUAGAGGGAAUUCAAACUGCCGUGGAUGAAAUUAAGAAAACGGGAGGCCACCGCGAUUACAGAAACACAAUUCAGACGAACUUCAUCAAAAUUAGCGACCAAGGUGUUAGUUUUGUGGAGCGGAAACGCGAAAAAGAUGUUUCCUUGGCAUUUAUGCCUCUGCGGAAGAUUUCUUAUGGGCUGAUUUACAAAAAAGAUUCCAACAUUUUCGCGUUUAAUCACCAUGUUUCACAAAACCACGUCGAAUGCCACGCGGUUGUCUGUGAAAAUGAGCUAAAAGCUCGAGAGAUAAACGAAGCCCUGUACGCAGCCUUCAAAACGGACCAUUUUGGAAUUCUUCGGAAAGAAAGGGAGAAAAUGAGAGAAUGCUUAAAAGAAGACGAUGCAGAUGCACUAAAAAGUGAAAUAUCUAAAUGAAAUCAAACAGGAUUGAAGUUGGACUAAAGCCAUUACUUCACACAAACACUAUACAUUGUAAAUUACUAAGUAUAACAAAGAAACUUUUACAUUUAAAAUUUGAGCAAUUUUCAUACAUUAAUUAGGUUAAAAAAUUGCUGCACAUUUCUAGUUGAAGUAAAGCCUCAAAUGAAAUCUUUAGUAUAAAAUGCAUUGCAAUAGAAAAUCUUUUGUAAAGAUUUUAAAUUAACAAUCGCUUCAAGAGGACAGCUUUUAUACAUAAUUAUCAGGGAAUAAAUUAAAAUGUUUUUACAGUAUCUCAUUGAACAAAAGGACCCAGUUCUACUUCUGGAAGUAAAUUUCACAACAAUAGACUCUGACCCCAAAAAGUUAUCCUAGACUAAAUUUCUUAAAUAAUAUUUAUAAUAGGUUUGACUUGCAAAAGUAUUUUUACAAGAACCUUUUCUAUUGUAAGUGUAAAUAAUUCGAAAAGCUUGGAGAUAGUUUAAGAUAUCAGUAUUGUAUUUCGUAAUUAUUAGAUCUAGAAGCCCACAAUGCUAGAACUGAGGACGUGAAAUUGUCCUAUUUUCUUUGUCUAAUUCAAGAUAUCGAACUUGAAAUUUUUAUUAGUCUCCGUGAGAAAUGAAAGUUAAAGGUUUUCACUUAGCUAACACUGAACCAGAGUUUUCCUAACAGGUGCAUGGCUAAAAUUAGAAACCUAAUUGCUACCUGCUAUUGUCUUUAAAUAAAGAUUAAGUGUUCCCUGCUUAAAGAACUUUGUCUUUUUUUCCGGUGUCAAUCUGCCGAUAACGAAGCUAAGCUAAGUGUUUUUUUUUUUCUAACGAAUAGAAAAAGUAUGGAAGAAUUUGCUAAGAAAGCCUAUUCUUGGGUUGCACGUGACGUCACCAAAAAUCAAACUAAGAAACUAUCGAUUCUUCUGAGUUUCUACUUUCACGAGGUAUUACAGUACCUAAACACCUUUACAUAAAAAAAUUUUUGGUUCGAAAGGGUUCUUCGUUUUGCGAGAGAGGACGCUUGAAUUUCCAGGCUUUUGCGUGACGCGGCCCUUAGCUGGCGGCCGGGAAAGCUCUUACCUGGGUUAAAAACAUAACCGAUUUUGGGAGAUUUUGCAAUCUAAACAUUCCUUGUCUCAGAAUAAAUAUUACUGUAAUCUGUAUGAGUUCCUCAAGCGAAGAAUUCACGCAUUAGUAGGAAAACUCGAAAACAGAUGUUUCUGUUGGUAUCCGGCGGCCAUAUUGCAGGGGCACCCAACGAGGAUAUAGUUCAAAACCACUUAGCAUAGCAUUGUUGAACGUAUUUUAGUAUUUAAACGGUAGAUAUAGGCAUAUUUUUAUCCCCUAAAAACUUGUCAUCUGUUCGGAUUUCCUAGCUGAAAGUCUAGUGAUCCGAAAAUUAUAGGGAUCAAAACUUACCUUUUCGAAAAUUUCAGCCCGGAAAAGGCUCCCGAAAAUUCUAGGUGGCCUUUUUUAGGGUAAAUAUCCAUGUAAAAUGGGUAAUUAUACCAUUUUGUAGAUGUUCGAAAAUCCUAAGAGAGGCAGGCAAGCAAGAAAUUUUACAACAAAUGUUCCGAAAAUUCUAGUUCUCAAAUCGUCUUCCGAACAGAUAUUUUCCCAAAAAUUGCCGUUGGGUGCCCCUUAUAUUGGUGUUCCUGAAAGGGACACCAACAUGGCGUUUCCAUACAAAGCUUUAUAAAUUUAGGUAAACCGUUUUUCCCAAUAUCUCGCAUUUGAAAUAUUUCACAGACCUGAUUCUUGGCAAGGGUUUUUGUAUAUUUAUCUUUUUUCAUUUCCCAGAUUCUAGUCCUUCUGUACUGAAUGGUUUGCAUUUUUAUUUUUCAUUGCGUGACAGUGCAAGCCAAGAAUUAGGAAUGUUUUGCGUUUUUGGUAGAACAUUAAAAGUUUCUUGUUUUCGACAUAAAAAAAUUAGCAUUUAUGAUUAAACUAAAUACAACAGGAUCUUUUUUAAAAGACGUUUUGAGGAGUCGAGGGAGAAUAUAACAUACCUUGCUUAGUGUAACGGUGUUCAUGUUAGGAAUUUUCCUGGAACUAUAUCACGUGACCGAGGCGGAUCCUUACAGUCCUGGGAACUAGGCAGAGUGCUUAGCGUAUUCAUUUACAUCAAAUGACUAACACGUGACCGGGUUGUCUAAAGGGCGACGUUCCAUUUGUCAGAACUGACGGGCCAGUCCAUUCCAGUGAUAAUGAGAAUUUCACUUUUAAUCAAAACUAUUCAAUCUGAUCAGUCAGAUCCCGAAUAGCAGGCACGAAGAAAAUAAGGUGUUUCAACAAAAACUCUUGGAAAAAAAUCAUUCUUUAUUGUCAAAUGGGGGCUGGUCCGCUAUGGUCCGGAGGCCAGUUCUGACUUUUGGAAAGUGUGCGGCUAGGAUGAAUAGCCUUUUCCAUAAAUGACUUAUCUGAAGUAGGCAGCUACGGGCAGAUUUGAGCUAAGUAAUGUUUAGUUUACCAACAAACACCUCUAUUUCGUAACAUCUCGGAAGACUCAAACUAAUCAACCUUUCUUUCUUAUGCCAGACUUAUUUAAGCAAUAGCGGAAAUCGUCCUAUAGAUAUUGCAACGACGAAGACCUGAUACCUGAAUAGUUACUUAUUUGGUUAAGUAAAUUCAUAUCGGAUCGGAAAUGGCUGCUCGCUGGCUAAGACGAUUCUGGAAGUACUUGUCGUUUGUGGUCAAGCGUUAAUGAACAAAUUAGCACUGAAUACGAUUUUUAAUUAAGUUAGUAUAGGCCCUUUGUAUUUCAGCCUCACGUAUUAUAGGCCUAAAAGGGAAACGUUUCCUCUGUCAUGAGAAAAAGCCAAAUAAGAAAAGGAAAUGACCAAUGAAGUGAACUCCUACACGCCUAAAAGUUUUGUUUUCUUAUCUCUGCAUAUUUCUUUUUUCUUUUGUUGACGUCAGGUAAACUUCCUGCAUAACUCAAGUAAUAUGGUAUCUUUUCAGUUCAAGAAUGUUGAAAAUGAUUGCCUCUAGCCGUUCGCGCAAUGAAUUUCCGCCAACAUUUUACUCAAGCUUAGAACUGCACGAACAGUACCAAGCUAAUUAAAUUGCUGCCAAAGAAAUUUUAUUUAAAAGGUUAUCGUUUUAACUGAUUUAUAUCCACACUGAUCCGCAGUCAAAAGCUAGAACCACUUUGUACAGCAUAAUCAACAGUACCUUAAGAAAGUUCAGUUCAGUAGCUUUUAUUAGAAUUUCAUCCACAGACUCAAAAUUUAGAACCACCUUGUACAGCAUAAUAACCAGCACCACAGGAAAGUACCGCUCAGUAGCUUUCAUUUAAAUGGAACGUUAUACUUGAAGAUUAUACCCACAAACUCCAAAAGUUAAAACCACCUUCAAUCGGCAGCAUAAGGAGAACUGUACCAUUGUGUACCACAGGAAAGUACUGCUCAGUAGCUUUCAUCUGAAUGCACACAUACAACGACUAAAAUAUUAGAGGAAAUACACUGUAAUUCUCCUUAAAAUAACUUUGGAUUGCCGCAAGGGUGAAUUAACGCAGCUUUUUUUAGCGUUCCAGGUUGUUCAAAUUGCCAAUUUAAAUUAGCCCUCAGAAAGCAAAAGAUGUGCCUUUGUUCAUACUGCGGUUUACUUAUACAUGAUGUUACAACUAGUGCUUAGAAUUAAGGACAAUUAAGGCCAAUUUAACUCUCUCAAUAGCCAACAUAUCAAGUUUGAUAAUUCAGUUUAAUUGUAUAGGUUUUUCUAAGUGAGAAUAUUGAAAAGUUGACGCUCGCUAAUAUAACAAUAAUAACAAUGUAAAGAAAUAGAGAUGAACGCUAAACGCGUGAAUUAAGGGAAAAUUGUCGCCUUGAUUUAAAAAAGACAACAGAACUCCGAAGAAUUGUGAAGAGCAGGUGAAGUUUUGCUGAAGGUGUAAAAAAAAAACAAACUACAUUUGCCGAAACACAAUUUAUUUUAGUUUUUAAGGAGUCGUUUUGUGUCAGACUAAUAGCAAGCGCAGUUCGCUAUGUGUGCGAUGUUCGGAAGUUCCACGCUUAAGGAACACUGAGCGAAUUUGCAUUUCAAUGGUUUUGUCGGUCGAUAUUAGCAGGUGAAUAUUGUCAAUAUUGUAUACAAUCCAAUCAGGGCUUUAGUACCUCGAGGAUCUAAAAAAGAAAGGGAAAUUCACGCAGUGAUAAACAUAAGCAAGGAUAAAAGGGGUACUUCAAGGCACUGCGGAGUUAGUUACCCCACUAAAAACCUCGUCUCUGGCAGAAGCGGACGGAGAUCUUUAUUUGUGUAGCGUGUUGCAAGAGAGAGUCAUUCCAUUGAUACAUCUUUAAUCAUGCUUAAGGGCAAAUUCGGUAAGGCUGAUUUAACAUCUGCUACCCGUUUUCAAGUGAAAUAUCUUGGUAGUGGAUUCACCCACGAGCCCGGUGUUGCAGGCAUCGAGAAUGCUGUACGUAAGAUUCAAGAUGAAGCAAAAUUUGACGAGAAAUCAUGGCCUAAAAUGUUCUUGCAUGUUGAGGCCGAAGGAGUGAAACUCGAGGAAGUCAAACAAACCAAAUCUUCAUCGAAAGAAUCAAAGUUUAUUUCACUGGAAAAUAUUUCUUAUUGUACUUUAAACAGAAUUGAUACUACUAUCUUUGCUUUCAAUCACCACAAGAGUCCUACAAUAGUCGAAUGUCAUGCCGUCGCUUGUGAAAACGAAGAUAAAGCGAAAGCUAUUGCACUGGCUUUAUAUGCAGCCUUCCGCGAAGGCCAUUUUCAAAAGCUUAGAAGAGAGAGAAGAAAGUCCUUUGAACAGAAAAACUUCGGGCGAAAAGCAAGCUUUGAAAACUGGGAACGAAGUAGCUCUAGCAGUUCUUCUCCUGCUACAAGUCCAACGCAAGAAUUAUCUCCAAAUUUCGAGAAUUCUGCAGUGGAAUCCGUCUACGAAGUAAAACAUUUUAAGUCAACUCGAGAUAGACUGUCUUCAGUUGAGUAUGACGAUCAAGAACUUGAACUGGAUAAAAUUAUCGAGGAUCUCUUGCUGACUGUGGAGAUAGAAAUGGCAAAAAUUGAACAAACUGUUGAUUAA